AUGCCGUUUUUCGGCGCACUGACGCGGGGUGCGCUGUUCCGCGCGCCGCUACGCACAUUUAGCAGCUCGGCGGCGCUCGGUGUGGCGCCGCGGCCUGCCAAGGUAAACACGAAACUGAAAACGCACUCUGGCGCCAAGAAACGCUUCUUUCCCAUGACCGGAACGGGCAAAGGCGCGGCGCCGCUUACCAAAUUCAAGCAUGGGCACGCGAAUAAACAGCACCUGAACUCGGCCAUGUCCCGCGUGCGGCUAAACAGACUGGAGAAGAGUGCGGUGGUGAGUGGAGGGCGCACUGCACGCAUGCUGCGCCGUCUCCUGGCACCCAGAAUGUAG